GCCACUGAUUGUGUGAUGGGUUACUUCUUUCUGAUUGGACCAGCCCUAUCUAUUCAGCGAUAUCAUUGGCUGUUGUUUGAACCGCACCCGCUUUCACGUUUCACUCACCCUCCUACCUUGAACGAGUAUACAAGCAAUCACAAGAUGAGAGAAAUCGUCCAUCUUCAGGCAGGACAAUGCGGAAACCAGAUCGGAGCAAAGUUCUGGGAGAUUAUCUCCGACGAGCACGGUAUUGACGCGACUGGAUCCUACCAGGGAACUUCAGACUUACAGUUGGAGAGGAUUAAUGUUUAUUACAAUGAAGCCAGCGGUGGAAAAUAUGUACCUAGGGCUGUUCUUGUUGAUCUUGAGCCUGGAACUAUGGACAGUGUAAGAUCAGGACCCUACGGUCAGAUCUUCAGACCAGAUAACUUUGUUUUCGGUCAAAGCGGGGCAGGAAAUAAUUGGGCCAAGGGACAUUACACAGAGGGUAAGUUUCAGACUCUUCUAUUAUAUUUAGGGUCCGUCCUAGUAUUCGAUUUUUGUCUCGUAACAAGUUUCAACUAAAUUAGUAGUUAUUUAUAUUUAGGGUUAGAUUAAGAUUUNACUGUAUUGGAAAGGAAUCUAUUUUAUUCGCCUACCACAAAAGCCCUAGCGAAACCUUUUGAGGAUGAAAUAUAAAAAUUUACUGGCAACGCCGGAUACUUAAGCUUUUAUUUAUUUAAUCUACAAUGUUUUAGAACCCUGAAACUAUCUACCCCAACCUAUGGAGAUCUGAAUCAUCUCGUUUCCCUCACAAUGUCCGGAGUCACAACUUGUCUUAGGUUCCCUGGACAAUUGAAUGCUGAUCUAAGAAAGUUGGCUGUCAACAUGGUUCCCUUCCCCCGUCUUCAUUUCUUCAUGCCCGGCUUUGCUCCUCUCACUGCCCGUGGAUCUCAACAGUACAGAGCGCUGUCCGUCCCUGAACUGACUCAGCAGAUGUUCGACGCCAAGAACAUGAUGGCUGCUUGUGAUCCUCGUCACGGACGUUAUCUCACUGUCGCCGCUAUCUUCCGCGGCCGAAUGUCCAUGAAGGAGGUCGACGAACAGAUGUUGAAUAUCCAAAACAAGAACAGCAGCUACUUCGUCGAAUGGAUCCCUAACAACGUGAAGACUGCAGUGUGUGAUAUCCCUCCCCGUGGUUUGAAGAUGGCAGCUACCUUCAUCGGUAACUCCACCGCUAUCCAGGAACUGUUCAAGAGAAUAUCUGAGCAGUUCACCGCUAUGUUCAGAAGGAAGGCUUUCUUGCAUUGGUAUACUGGUGAGGGCAUGGACGAGAUGGAAUUCACUGAAGCUGAGAGUAAUAUGAACGAUCUGGUUUCUGAAUAUCAACAAUACCAGGAGGCUACCUGCGAGGAUGAGGAGUUUGGAGAUGAGGAGCAGGAAGAGGAAUUCGAGUAACCCCCCCCCCACACUCAACAACCUACAGUGAUCUGCAACAUAAGUUUUGGUACCAAGAACAACUAAAAUUAUUUUUGUGUAACCCGGUAUAUUUUAUAGCAUUGGAAUAUAUUUUAUAAAAUAA